GCGCCGGCCAAGAGGCAGAAGUCAGCGGAGUAUCCACCGCUUGGAAUGCCGGGGGAGGGAGUCGGGCUUCCCAGCAUCCUUUGCCGAGCUCCGUGGGUGACAGGGGGGAGUGUCUGCGCGUGCGCACUUACGGGAGGGAGGCUCCGAUCGCUCGCCCCGGGUUCGGUUUUCCCAGGGAGGUGCGGCUGAAGCACCAGCGGAGCGAGACAUGGCGGAGAGCGUGUGCAUCGCAGGCGGACCCAGUAAAGAUCCAUAAAAAUCCAGUGCUGAUCACAGUGACUUCAAAACAGAUUUUUAAAGAAGAGAAUGCUUAAAUGAAGAGAUACUGUGCUUGAAACCUAUAAUUUGUGAGAGCUCCGGAGAAGAUGGCUUAUGUUAACCUAAAGGAAAUUGCACUAAUAGUUGGAGUGGUGGCAGCUUGCUAUUGGAACAGCCUGUUUUGUGGCUUUGUUUUUGACGACGUUUCAGCCAUUUUGGACAACAAAGAUUUGCAUCCUUCUACUCCUUUAAAAAAUCUCUUCCUGAAUGACUUCUGGGGGACUCCUAUGUCUGAGGAGCGAAGUCACAAGUCAUACAGGCCGCUCACUGUGCUCACGUUCCGUUUGAACUACCUGUUCAGCGAGUUAAAUGCUGUCUCUUACCACUUCCUGAACGUCAUCUUCCAUGCAGCUGUUUGUAUUGUCUUCCUCAAGGUCUGUAAGCUUUUCUUGGACAACAGGAGCAGUUUGGUUGCUUCCUUACUCUUUGCAGUGCAUCCAAUACACACUGAAGCGGUAACUGGUGUAGUGGGCAGAGCAGAGCUUCUCUCCUCCAUCUUUUUCCUAGCUGCUUUUUUGUCAUAUACCAGGUCCAGAGGUCCAGAAAACACGAUUGUGUGGACUCCUAUUGCAGUGACUGUGUUUCUGGUGGCUGUGGCAACAUUAUGUAAGGAACAAGGAAUAACAGUGGUGGGAAUCUGUUGUGUCUAUGAAGUAUUUAUAGCUCAAGGGUAUACCUUGCCUAUUCUUUGGGAUACAGUGCUACAGAUUCUCCGAGGCAAAGGCAGCAUUCCUUACUGUAUGCUCCAAAUGCUGUUGAAGCUGAUAGUUCUGAUGUUCAGUACUCUGCUUCUUGUUGUGAUCAGAGUCCAGGUCAUUCAGUCGCAGUUGCCAGUGUUUACAAGGUUUGAUAACCCAGCUGCCGUCAGUCCAUCUCCUGCAAGGCAGCUGACUUUCAACUACCUCCUUCCUGUGAAUGCCUGGCUGCUUCUUAAUCCCUCAGAAUUGUGUUGUGAUUGGACGAUGGGCACCAUACCUUUGGUAGAAUCUCUUCUAGACAUCAGAAAUGUUGCCACCAUCGCCUUCUUCUGCUUUUUGGGAACAUUGCUCAUCUUCAGUCUCCGCUAUGCUGGAGAUUCUUCCAAGACUGUGUUGAUGGCACUUUGUUUAAUAGUGUUGCCAUUCAUCCCAGCCUCCAACCUUUUUUUUCCUGUUGGCUUCGUAGUAGCAGAGCGAGUGUUGUAUGUUCCCAGCAUGGGAUUCUGCAUGCUAGUAGCCCAUGGGUGGAAAAAGCUCUCAAGCAACAGUGUCCUAAGAAAGCUAUCCUGGGUUUGCCUCUCUCUGGUGCUGUUUAUCCAUGCCUUAAAAACCUUGCACAGGAACUGGGACUGGGAAUCAGAAUAUACACUGUUCAUGUCUGCCUUGAAGGUAAAUAAGAACAAUGCUAAACUCUGGAAUAAUGUGGGCCAUGCUUUGGAAAAUGAAAAGAAUUUUGAAAGGGCAUUGAGAUUCUUCAUACAAGCCACCCAAGUGCAACCUGAUGAUAUUGGUGCCCACAUGAAUGUAGGAAGGACUUAUAAAAACUUAAACAGAACCAAAGAAGCUGAAGAAUCUUACCUGAUUGCAAAAUCAUUGAUGCCACAAAUUAUUCCAGGUAAAAAAUACGCUGCCCGAGUCGCUCCUAACCACCUGAAUGUUUAUAUCAAUCUUGCAAACCUGAUUCGAGCGAAUGAGUCUCGCCUUGAAGAAGCAGACCAGUUAUAUCGCCAAGCCAUUAGCAUGAGGCCAGACUUCAAACAGGCGUACAUAAGCAGGGGCGAACUGCUUCUGAAAAUGAACAAACCUCUGCAAGCCAAGGAAGCAUACCUUCGAGCCCUCGAACUGGAUAGGAGCAAUGCAGACCUGUGGUAUAACUUGGCAAUUGUUUACAUUGAACUGAAAGAUCCGACGGAAGCUCUGAAGAACUUCAACAGGGCAUUAGAACUGAAUCCUAGUCAUAAACUAGCACUAUUUAAUUCUGCACUACUAAUGCAAGAAUCCGGUGAUGCUAGACUUAGGCCAGAAGCUAAGAAAAGACUUCUAAAUUAUGUGAAAGAAGAGCCUCAUGAUGCAAAUGGCUAUUUCAACUUGGGCAUGCUUGCAAUGGAUGACAAAAAAGAUGCUGAGGCAGAAACCUGGAUGAAAAAAGCCAUAAAGCUGCAGCCGGGCUUCCGAAGCGCUCUGUUCAAUUUGGCCCUGCUUUAUUCCCAGACUGCAAAGGAGUUGAAAGCUUUGCCAGUUCUGGAAGAGCUGCUAAGAUACUACCCUGAUCAUACCAAAGGUUUGAUCCUGAAGGGAGACAUUUUGAUGAACCAAAAGAAAGAUAUACGGGGAGCUAAGGAGUGUUUUGAAAAGAUUCUGAAAAUGGACCCUAACAACGUACAAGGGAAGCACAACCUUUGUGUGGUUUAUUUUGAGGAGCGGGACUUGAUCAAAGCGGAGAAGUGUUUGGUGGAGACUCUGGCCUUAGCGCCGCAUGAGGAAUACAUCCAGCGUCACUUGAGCAUAGUCCGAAGUAAAAUCGCUUUGCUCGGUACCGGAGAAGCAGCUACCAUUCCCUCGGAAAAGACGACAGCUUCAGAGGGAGGGAAAACUCCUCCUGAAGACUUGAAAGGGGCAAAAAAUGAAAACUUGAAAGUGGCCAAAAAUGAACAGAGGAGCUCUCGGACCACAAACAGUGACAGCAACAAAGGGCAGGCGAAGCCCAAGAAACAAGGGGAGAAGAACACCACAGACAAAGAGACGAAAAAGAAGUCUACAAAAGAAAUCAAAGACAUUGAGAAAAAAAGGGUUGCCGCUCUGAAAAGACUAGAAGAGAUUGAGCGUAUUUUGAAUGGUGAAUAAUUUCUUGGGAAUACCUCCAGUGCCGGUGGUUUUUUGCACCUACUUCUGAGGUUCUGUGCGCCUGUGCGUCUUAUGUUCAGUCGGUAUGACUACUAGGCAGCUUUUGAAUUUGGAAAGAAUACUGAAACCAUAUCAUCUUUAAAAA